CUCUCCAUAAGCCGCCUGUGGGACAGUCUCACUCUCAGUCCCGGUGUCCCCGAGUUGAAGUCCAGGCCGGCUAGCCGAGAUGCCUUCCCCGGGCCUGGUGAUGGAGAGCGGCCAGGUGCUCCCGGCCUUUCUGCUCUGCAGCACACUGCUGGUCAUCAAGAUGUACGCGGUGGCUGUCAUCACAGGCCAGAUGAGGCUGCGGAAGAAGGCUUUUGCCAACCCCGAGGAUGCGCUGAAACGUGGAGGCCUCCAGUAUUACAGGAGUGACCCAGAUGUGGAGCGCUGCCUCAGAGCCCACCGCAACGACAUGGAGACAAUCUAUCCUUUCCUCUUCCUCGGCUUCGUGUACUCAUUCCUGGGACCCAACCCUCUGAUCGCCUGGAUACAUUUCCUCGUUGUCCUCACAGGCCGUGUGGUACACACCGUGGCCUACCUGGGCAAGCUGAACCCACGCCUUCGCUCCGGGGCCUAUGUCCUGGCCCAGUUCUCCUGUUUCUCCAUGGCCCUGCAGAUCCUCUGGGAGGUGGCCCACCAUCUGUGACCAGCAGCUGAAGCCUCCUCAGCUACCACAGUGGGGACAGAGCCAUGAAGGCUGAACUUGCGGACUUGGUGUCUCUUCUAGAAUAGGGACGGGGUCUGGUCCUGGGGUCCUGGGUAACCUGGGCGAGUGGAUCUCAGGGCCCAAUGUGCACAUGUGUGUUUCUUAGCCUUUUGGGAUGCUAGAUGAAGUCCCAUUUGGAGCCACUUACAGAUGAGCUGUCAAGAUUUGAGAGGACAUCCUUCACCUCACAAAAUGCCUUAAACAUCACACCACACUCCCUCUUAACCAUAAAAUAAAGGACAGGAUUGACCAACAGAGCCAUCAUCCCAUAUAGGACUAAGAAUGAAGGCUUCUCAGACCUACCUACAAUUCUGGCCCAGCCCAAGGAGAGCCACCUGGCUGGUAUGUGUCCGAGGACAUCCUCACAAGAGGCCCAGCAGUGGCCAGCUCCAUGUGGAGGUAGAGUGCUUGCUAUUUUUAGAGGUGGGCAGGUCAGAGCAUCCCUGUCCCCUGUUGAUACCACCGUCCUUUGAGUGCCUUAGGUAGCACAGGCUCAGGGGGGUGAGAAUGUCCACAGCUCAGCCUCCUUGUGCAUGGCUUUGGCUCCUCCAAAGACGGAAAGGAUGGGCUUUGACCAACCCCUGGAAGGGAACUUUGGCUUCUUCAGCAUCUGUGAGGUUUGAAGAUGCCAAAUGUCUACUCCUGUGGAAAAUCUCACUUGUGUGUGUGCAGUGUCCCUCCAGAGUCCUGAGACCUGUUUAGGUUUAGUCAUUAAACAGCAGAGUGUGACCUGUGAAUGUUCGGUGUCUAAGACCCAUGCUGUGCCAGCCGGCCUGGUACCUAUGGGAGUUUUCACGUUCCGGUGUGUGUAUGUUUUACUUUUAUGAGACAAGGUCUCACUUAGCCCGAGUUGGCCUCAAACUUACUCUACAGUCAGGACAACCUUGAGCUGACAGCCUACCUGUGCCUCCUAAGUGCUGGGAUCGCCGGCCUGCACCACCAUAGUGCCAAGCCAGUACAGGCAACUUCCACCAGGCUGCUCCAGAGAAGUCCCUGACAAGAUGGUGUUUGGCUUGGGAUCCAGAGAUGUCCAAAUCCUGUCUUCCACGUGGCGAUUCUUUCUGCAGCUCUGCCACCUUGUAGGGUGCUGGUUUUCUGCUCUACAGACGGAGACGGAAGUGACUACCUGAAGGAAGGCAUAGGGUGUGCUCCAGAACCUGGGACAUUCAGGCUCCCAGGCUUCCCACACAAGCCUAGCCACACCACUUCUCCUCCCAGCGGGGCAAGCCCUGUGCCCCAGACCUGCUCUAUGGGGUUGGGGAGGGGGUUUUACUGGAAAGCCCUGCUGGCCUAGGCUUCAGCCUCACACAGCUGGUGUUCUGGGAGUGAAUAGCACUGCCCUCUGGUGGUGAGUUGAAACCUUUGCUCUUGGAAUGCUCAUCUGAGAAAACAAAAACUGUAGAAUGGGGCCCCUCUUGAAUGCCAGCUGUCGCUGAACAUUAGGCUGGAUGCGACCUUCAUCUGUCAUUGUCACCCCAACCCCAAUGCCCCAGUUAAUACUUAAAUUUUAGAUAAGACCAGGUGAAUUCAGACAAAAGCCUUUUUUCCUGCGUUUUAAUUUUCUGUGGAUGGGUGUUUUGUAUGAAUGUCUGUCUGUAUCAUAGGUGUACCUGGUGCCCAUGGAGACCAGAAGAAGUUGCUGGAGCUGGAGUUAGAGACAUUGUGAGCCAUCAUGUGGAUACUGGGAAUUGAACCCGGGUUCUCUGAAGAGCAACCAGUGCUCUUAACCACUGAGCCAUUUCUCCAGACCCAUUUUUAGAUAAGGGAUUCAAGGAUCCAAGAAGACUUGUCCUGAAUUCCUGAGCUAGCAUAGUCAAAAACUUUGCAAGAUGGGACCCAGGAGAGAGAGGACUGGAGAGUCCAUGCAGGGCGUAUAAAUACUCAUCUACUUCAGUCUUUUCCUCUCAGGAAGGUGAGAUUGUGAGGGCCAGGUGUAAGAACCUGCCAGUUGCCUGAUGCAGACCAUGCAUUGCCCACAAGGUCUGCCUGCUGUGGGGCCUGCGAGAUGGAGGCCAGGGCCCCUCGGAGGGUCUACUCAUUUGUCUUUCUUGCCCAUCCCCUGGCACUGCAGUGGGAAAGGCACCAAGCAAGGGACAGUGACAGCCUCAUGUGGGGUAAGAAGGCUCAGUCCUCUGAUCCCUGCUGGGCAGGGAGGUGAGUUACGCUAAUGCUGGCCAGGAUGUAUAAAGAAAUUCAAGUGUGCACACCUUCAAUCCAGCACACAGGCAGGUGGAUAGCUGAGUUGGAAGCCAGCCUGGUCUACCCAGUGAGUCCUUGUCUCAAAAGCAAAGAAAUCAGUACCUGUGUGCCAUGGUAUGAAGUUGAAAUUGGAGGGGUGGGAAAUCGGGGUAAGAGGGCCAUUAAGGAGGCCGAGGUACCCUUUCUAUGUUCCAAGCAGGAGAGAGGUGGGGACAGUGGUUUCAGCAGGGUGUCACUGGGCAGUUGGCAGGAGCAGAGACAGGACCUAGUGGCUUGUUCUGAUCCAGCCCUCAUGAUAGGGAAUACAGGGAGUGAUCUCCUGGCUGCAAAUCUGGACUCAAGACAGGUGGCUCCAGGCCACAGCACAGAGCAAAGCACUGUCCAGGGAGGCAGUGUGGCUGGUGCCACCUGCCAAUCCAGCCAGAGGCUGCAACACAGCACCUGCAGCCCUCAAGCCCUGCUACCACAGCAGCAUCUCUUGCAUCUCUCGAUUCCUUUUUUUUUCUGACAUGGUCUCUUGUCUGAGGCCAUUUGUGGUGGCUUGAAUAGGAAUGGCCCCCCAAUAAACUCAUGUGUUUGACUGCUUAGCCCAUAGGGAGGAGUGGCAUUAUUAAGAGGUGUGGCCUUGUUGGAGGUGGUGUGUCACUGUGAGGUGGGCUUUGGGGUCUCAUAUGCUCAAUCUCAGCCUACUGGGGCAGUCCCCUGCUGCCUUCAGAUCAAGUUGUAGAACUCUGAUCUCCUUCUCCAGCACCAUGUCUGCCUUCAUGCCAUGUUCCCACCAUGAUGAUAAAGGACUAAACCUCUGAACCUGUAAGUCAGCCCCAAUUAAAUGCUUUCCUUUAUAAGA